AGACAGACAGGAGAGGACACACACACACACACGGAGCUCCUGCUCCCUCUGGGUACCAUUCCCAGUCCUGUCCUCCCUGCAUCCCAGACGCAGCUGAGCCUAGCACCAGUCACAUUCCCCGGAACAAGGCGAAGCUACCGAUCAACGGCAGAAAAUCAAAACACCUCGGCUUUUCACUUCAUCGCUGGUUAAAGAUAACAACUAUUUCGGAGAGAAUAGUGAACGACCCGGAGAGGGACAAUAUCGGGAGAGAACCCAUGACGGACCCUAAAUCAGUCUGCGUUUCAGUAGAUGAAGUGGUCUCAAAUGGAAUGGCCACCCAACACGCCCCUAUCUUUCAGAUGCGUUUAAAGAAAGUGGAAAAUGGGGUGACAGAGGCCCACCACUUCUCUUACUUGCCAAGGCGGCUUGCAGUCACUAUUGAGUUCAAAAACAUCUCAUACUCUGUCUCUGAAGGCCCAUGGUGGAGGAAGAAGGGUUACAAGACUUUACUGAAGGGUAUCUCAGGGAAAUUUAGCAGUGGAGAGCUCAUAGCUAUCUUGGGUCCCUCAGGAGCUGGAAAAUCAACGCUCAUGAAUAUUCUGGCAGGUUACAGGGAAAGUGGAAUGAAAGGUGAGCUCCUGAUUAAUGGACACCCGCGAGAUCUCCGAUCUUUCCGGAAGGUGUCAUGUUACAUCAUGCAAGAUGACAUGCUGCUCCCUCACCUCACUGUUCAUGAGGCGAUGAUGGUUUCAGCUAACCUGAAGCUCCAGGAGAAGGACGAAGGUCGAAAAGAAAUGGUGAAGGAGAUUCUAACAGCACUAGGCCUGCUGGAAUGUGCCGACACACGGACUGGCAGCCUUUCUGGAGGCCAGAGAAAGCGCCUUGCCAUUGCCCUCGAGCUGGUGAACAACCCCCCUGUCAUGUUUUUUGACGAGCCCACCAGUGGUCUGGACAGUUCUUCCUGUUUCCAGGUGGUUUCUCAAAUGAAAUCUUUGGCUCAAGGUGGGAGAACUGUCAUCUGCACCAUACACCAGCCCAGUGCAAAACUGUUUGAACUGUUUGACAAGCUCUACGUACUCAGCGAAGGCCAGUGCAUCUACCGUGGAAAUGUUUGCAGCCUUGUCCCAUAUCUGAAGGAGAUUGGUCUGCAUUGUCCCACCUACCACAACCCUGCUGACUUCGUGAUGGAAAUCGCGUCUGGUGAAUACGGUGAGCAGAACCCCAGGCUGGUGAAGGCGGUGCAGGAUGGGAAGUGCGAUACUGACUGUAGGCUGCGUGAAAACACUGACAAGGAUCUCAACCCUUUCCUUUGGCAUCAGCCAUCCGUUGAGGACCCAUCUCCCUCAGAAGGUUGUCACAGUUUCUCUGCCAGCUGCCUCACCCAGUUCUGCAUUCUCUUCAAAAGGACUUUCCUGAGCAUCAUGAGAGACUCGGUUCUGACUCACCUCCGCAUCACCUCGCAUAUUGGGAUUGGUUUGUUGAUCGGUUUGCUGUAUCUGGGCAUUGGGAAUGAGGCAAAGAAAGUGCUGAGCAAUUCAGGAUUUCUCUUCUUCUCCAUGCUCUUCCUGAUGUUUGCAGCACUUAUGCCAACUGUCCUCACCUUUCCGCUGGAGAUGGGAGUUUUCCUUCGAGAACAUCUAAACUACUGGUACAGCUUAAAAGCCUACUAUUUGGCAAAGACAAUGGCAGAUGUUCCCUUCCAGGUUAUGUUUCCUGUGGCUUACUGCAGCAUCGUAUACUGGAUGACAUCACAACCCUGCGACGCCCUGCGCUUCGUUCUCUUUGCAGCUUUGGGGACCAUGACAUCAUUGGUGGCGCAGUCUUUGGGUCUGCUGAUUGGAGCAGCAUCCACAUCCCUCCAGGUGGCAACAUUUGUAGGUCCAGUUACUGCCAUUCCAGUGCUGCUCUUUUCUGGAUUUUUUGUCAGUUUCGACACUAUUCCCAAGUAUCUCCAGUGGAUGUCGUACAUAUCUUAUGUCAGAUAUGGAUUUGAAGGCGUCAUCCUGUCUAUCUAUGGUCUUGAUCGUGAAGAUCUCCAUUGUGAGAAAGAUGAGACGUGCCACUUCCAGAAGUCGCAGGCCAUUUUGAAAGAGCUCGAUGUCGAACAUGGCAAACUCUACAUGGACUUCAUCGUCCUGGGGAUCUUCUUUGUCACCUUGCGCCUCAUAGCCUACUUUGUCCUGAGGUAUAAGAUCCGGGCUGAGAGGUAGAUCAGGUGG